AUGCCCUUCGACCUGCGCCCCGCCGCCGCCGCCGACGCGCCCGCCAUAACGGCCGUCUUCCUCGCCGCCUUCUCCGACCCCUUCAACCAGCGCAUCUUCCCGCCCACCCCAGACGUCACAGCCUACUGGCACAAGCAGUUUGCCCAGAUGAGCGCCAACCCCGCGCAGCGCGUCCUCAAGAUUGUCGACACCGACACCGACACCGACGCUGAAGCCGUGGUCGCGUUCGCGGUCUGGGGUCUCCCCUGCCAGCCACAGCAACAGCAACAGCAACGGAAUCCGCAUGCAGAGCCAGAGCCAGACCCAGCGCCAGCGCCAGAGCUAGAUUCCUACCCGGCCAGCUCCGACGCCGACCUCUGCAGGCUCUUCUUCGGUGGCAUGCAGAAGAUGCAUGAGGAGAUCAUGCGCGGGAAACCACACUACUAUCUGAAUAUGCUCGGCACCCACCCGGCGUAUCACGGGCGGGGCCUUGCCUCGCGGCUUCUGCGGUGGGGGCUGGAGAGGGCGGAUGCGGAGGGGGUGGAGACGUAUCUGUCUGCGUCGCGGGCUGGGCGGCCGCUGUAUGAGAAGUAUGGGUUUCGGGUGGUGGAGGUGAGGGAGGUUGCGGCGGGGUAUGUGCAGUGGUAUAUGGUGAGGGAACCUGGGGGGAGUCAGGUGGGUGGUUCUUGA